GUGCACACGCGUCGCGUGCCAUGGGAGAGCGUGCGGCUCGCACCUGCCGCCGCGAGGACGCGCCGCUUUGUUAUGAGCGGGCGGCGCUGCGGCCGGAGGAAGAGGAGGAAGAGGAGGUCGCCGAGCCCUGUGCCCGCGAGCGCGAGCGCAGAGACACGGACGCGAAGCAGCGCAGGAAGGGCGCGCGCGGCGCAGGAGGACGGCGCGCGCUGGACGGCGCGAGGGCUGCCGCAAUGGCCGCGAAGUCGGACGGGCUGAUGAAGAUGAAGAGGAGCGACGUGGCGUUCACGCCGCUGCAGAACUCGGAGCACUCGGGCUCGGCGCAGGGGCUCGUCGCGGGCUCGCAGCCCGACUCCGGAGGCGCCGAGGGGGAGCUGGGGAGCCGCGAGUCGCGCUGCUGCGGCUCCUCCUCGGCGUGCCUGCGCCUGGGCAGGAAGCAGCAGGACUACUCGGUGUGGGACUGCCUGUGGGUGCUCGCCGCCGUGGCCGUGUACCUGGCCGACGUGGGCACGGACGUGUGGCUCUCCGUGGACUACUACCUCCGCCGUGACUACUGGUGGUUCGGCCUCACGCUCUUCUUCGUGGCGCUCGGCUCCGUGUCCGUGCAGGUGUUCAGCUUCCGCUGGUUCGCGCACGACUUCGGCGCCUCCGAGGGCGCGAGCGCCGCCGGCUGCGCGCACAUGGACGGCAAGCUGCUGAGCGGCUCGGCCUCGCACGGCGACGUGGGCGCGCACCCGUCCACGCCCCAGCGGCAGGCGUCCACGGCCAGCAAGAGCAACGCGACCACCGAGAGCAGCGGCAGCGGAAGCGGCGGGAGCGCGCGGCGCGCCGGCGGGGGGAGCUCGGCGUCCUGCGCCUUCUGCGUGUGGCUCCUGCAGUCCGUCAUCCACAUCCUGCAGCUGGGGCAGAUCUGGAGGUACUUUCACACCAUCUACCUGGGCAUCAGAAGCCGGCGCAGCAGCGAGCACGACCGCUGGCGCUUUUACUGGAGGAUGGUGUACGAGUAUGCGGACGUCAGCAUGCUGCACUUGCUGGCCACUUUCCUGGAGAGCGCCCCCCAGCUGGUCCUUCAGCUCUGCAUCAUCAUCCAGACUCACAAGCUGCAGGCCCUGCAAGGCCUGACAGCAGCUGCCUCCCUGGUAUCCCUGGCCUGGGCCCUAGCCUCCUACCAGAAAGCCCUGCGGGACUCCCGCGAGGACAAGAAGCCCAUUUCCUACCUGGCCGUCAUCAUCCAGUUCUGCUGGCACUUCUUCACCAUCGCCGCACGCGUCAUCACCUUCGCGCUCUUCGCCUCCGUGUUCCAGCUCUACUUUGGCGUCUUCAUCGUGUUGCACUGGUGCGUCAUGACCUUCUGGAUCGUGCACUGCGAGACGGAGUUCUGUGUCACCAAGUGGGAGGAGAUUGUUUUCGACAUGGUGGUGGGCAUCAUCUACAUCUUCAGCUGGUUCAACGUGAAGGAGGGCCACACCCGCUGCCGCCUGUUUGCCUAUUAUCUGGUGGUGCUGCUGGAGAAUGCAGCGCUGAGUGCUCUUUGGUACCUGUACCGGCUGCCCCCCAGCACCGACGCAUUCGCAGUGCCCGCCCUCUGUGUCAUCUUCAGCAGCUUCCUUACGGGCGUCGUUUUCAUGCUCAUGUACUACGCCUUCUUUCACCCCAACGGGCCCCGAUUCGGCCAGUCGCCCAGCGGCCCCCUUGAGGAAACCACCUUUCCCCCGCCCCCCGAGGGGGCCACCAACUCCCUGAGGGCUGGCCAGACCCGGGGCAUGGUGGGGAGCGGGGCAUCCGACAGGGACCUCAAGCACGCGGAUCGGGACGGCUGCGUGCCCGUGUUCCAGGUACCCAGCCUGGGAGAGGCACGUACUGGACAGGAGUAUACGCAAGGCCAUCUUGGCCUUCGAAUGUUCGCCCACUCCACCGCGGCUCCAGUACAAGGACGAUGCUCUGGUGCAGGAGCGCCUGGAGUACGAGACCACCCUGUAGCCCUCAGCUAUCCCUGUCGCAGAAACAAAACAGGAAGUCGCAAGCAGACAAACAGCCAGGGUUAACAGCGGGACUGUGGCAAUAAGUUAGUUGCUCUCGCUCAGCAUGGAACCUUGACGUCCACGAUGUUGACUGUCAUGGGCUACUGAGAAACGUGAUUUAUCGCUAAGUUAAGAGAUUUACUGACAUGUUUUAAAUGCUUUGUUUUCUUUUCCAAAGUUAAAAUUUUCACUUUUUUAUUGUUAAACGUAUCAGGGAAUCUAGUGAAAGGCCACCCUUAUGUCCACAUUUAAAAGUCCCUGAUUAAGAGUAAGACUAAUAACGAUCUUCCCAAAUACAGAUGUUUAGCCAAAGGUCAAAACAAAGCACAGCGGGUCACUACGGAAAUACUUUCGACCGAAACUCAAAAACUCAGACUAGACAAUGGAUGGCCUUUCUUCCAUUUGUUUUUCAUGUAACAGAACACCUAAAUGUAGUUCCCAGAAUAAAGUACUAACUGGCAUUCUAAGGAAAUUGUAGUUUUCCCCCACAGACAGUAAAAUAAAAAUCACUGCACCUUUAAGUGUUUAUCUGAUUAUGGAAAAGGGAAAAAAUACAUUCUAUUUUUAAAUGAAAAAGGGACCAAAUAGGUUGUUGUUGUUAUUAUUAUUAUUAUUUCUUUUAUGAUAUGUUUGUGUUGAAAGGGGAUUCAGAUUGCUGCGUUUUCCGAGAGCCCAGCCCGCGCUCUCCUCGUGCCAAACGUGACGUCACUGUACGUGUGACGAAACAAGGGGAGUUACGUUAUUGAUGGGAUUAAAGAUGCAGCAUUCCUUUGCCCUCCCUAUGUGUUCUUUUGACUGUGUGGCACAUAUAAGUACCUUUUAUAAGACACGGGUAGUUUGCUUCGAUCGAUGCAGUCGGCGACGUUUGUGGUUUCGUAAGAGUCAAGGGCAAGAACGCGAAACACGAGAGAUAUGCAUUCUGAAGCACUCGCGUGCACCUCGCUGCUCUAUUUUAAGAACAAAGUAAGGGCUACCUUACCUUAUUAGACCACUAAUUGAAAACAGCCUACAUAUAAACCAGUGUGACAGCAAUUGUGUCAAAAAGGACAGGAAAGCGGCACGGAAAAAGGCGCACCGCAGAAUGCGACCAAUUCAAUUCACCACUACUAAGGCGUGACUGUUGAGCGCAGCAGGUGUUCGUAACCGAGAAACUAAUACUGUCUCUUUAAACGGGGAGAAAUGACCCUGCGCGUGCACGGCGUCUGCGUCUUCCCUCGUAAAUUUGUAGCGCGCGAAGGCUUCUUGCGCCUGCCGGGGGCCGGGGGCGCGCGGACCAGAGCCCGGCGCGAGGAUCUGUCGGGCGGAAGAGGAAGUGGCAGCGGCACUUUCCCGCGUGUACGCGUGCAUUCCGUUACAUCACGUGUUUCUUACCUGCCAGUUUCCAUGUACCGUGAGGAGCGGAACCACAACGAAAAACAACCACUCAAAGAUGGGCUGAACUGCCAGAUCUUCCUUAUGAACUCACGAGUCUCAUAAUCAUGUUGCCAUAUAGUGGAACGCCAUAAUAGCCUACACCUUAGCAUUUCUUACAACUUCUGGCUUAUUCAUUUUGCAAAAAAAUUGUCUCUGUUUUUCGCUCCUACUGCUCCUCGGUAAGACCUGCAAAUGAUAAAUGGCGGAGCUCCCAUCUUUCAGUAAAAAUUUGGAUUUGAUUUGAAUAACACUGUUUUUCUGCACAUGUUUAGUUGCAGCAUCCUUUAUUGUGAUGAAAAAUCCAGAUACUUAACAGUGGAUUGAACUAUAAUGAUUAGUGAGGGAUUCAUAAUUACUCUGUAAUUAUUCUUGGCAGACAUUAGAUGAAAAGCACAGCAUUAUUUACUAAAGUUCUCUUCUACAUGUUACGCAAUUUUUAUGUCAAUUAGGGUCGUAUAAUCUAAAAUAUUGCAGUUGGCAACAAAACAGUAAAAAUUUACACAUAAAUAAACAGCGUUUGAUCAUCCCUGCCCUGUAGAUAUCACCUCAUGAAAGAUAAGUGCUGCACAUAAUAAAAAUACAAAUUGUGUGAUAAUCAGGUCACAUAUAAAUAUUACUGUAUUCAGUAUCCAGUCCCUAAAGAUUACAUAUUCAUACACUGUACACGGUGUAUCCCACAGCCAGCCGAUGCAUAGGCAACAGGAAGGAAGUGAACAAGUAAAGAAGUUUAGGCAAAGCGGUUUGAGCUGUGCGGCAGCUUUCAACCCCGCGUGGUCCCACACUUUGGUACACUGAUAUUUGCGCUACUCUUGAUUGUGUAUCACAGCUAUACGCAAAGAGGAUUUUAUAGCUGACCCGAGACCUCUACUGAGCGAACAAACUUAGAAAGAAACAGAACCAACAGCAAAGGACAAAAUGUCUUUCAUAAUGUUUGCUAUAUUAUUACACUUGUGUAUUGAGUAGCAGUGCCUAGAACGACCCACUUAUUAUGCCUGAAAGAAGGUCCAUUACAA